AUGCGACAUCGCGAUCUCCGGGAAGUGGGCGUGAAGGCAGCGGAGCGCAACUUCGACCGCUUGAGGAAGCAAGCCGAAGAAAAUGUUGCGGCAUCGAACAUGCUCAUUUCGCAGCUCAAGGAAGAUAUCGCAGCGCAGUCGGCACUGGUCGAACAAGGCCGAGACUUGCGGCACCGACUUGAGCACAGCGAAGCCAACAGCAACAGCCUCCAAGCAGAGAUUGAUGGAUUGAUGACGGCGCUCUCCGAGGCGCGAGGCGAAAUCACGACGCUGUCUGCAAAACUCGCCGCCAGCAGAAACGUCGAGGCGGGCGCCGCCGUUACAAACAGCACACGGAAGCCCGGCACAGUAGGUUGCAAAACUGGCGGGCCAGAGAUGGUCCAGGUAGCACAAGCAAAGGAGGACCUUUAUGGCGACCUGACGGGUCUCAUCGUGAGAGGGCUGAGGCGUGGAAAUGAGGAAGACUUGUUUGACUGCAUCCAGACUGGCCGAAACGGAACUCUGCAUUUCAAGCUGGCCUUGGAGCGUGGCAGCCGGACGGAUAACUACGAGGACGUCCAACUGACAUACAGGCCGCAGUUGGAUGUGGAUCGGGAUUCUGACCUUAUGGAGCUGCUGCCAGAUUACCUGGUGGAGGAGAUUACAUUUCCACGGUCUCAUGCGUCCAAAUUUUACAGCAGGGUCAUCAAGUCCUUAUCAGAGCGCACGGACUAG